AUGAUUUCAGCAGUGAGACCAAAGUGCAAGGAAUCAGGGCACAAUUCGCAGCGCUUUGAGAUGAAGAUCGAUUACGACCAAUUGCGCAAACUCUAUGAGGACACGUGCUGCACCAAGAACCUGCAGUACAGCUACGGCACGGCCGGGUUCCGGACCCUGGCCAAGGAUCUGGACACGGUGAUGUUCACCACGGGCAUCUUGGCCGUGCUCAGGUCGCUGAAGCUCCAGGGCCAAUACGUGGGGGUCAUGAUCACGGCAUCGCACAACCCGUACCAGGACAACGGGGUCAAGAUCGUGGAACCGGACGGAUCGAUGCUGCUGGCCGCUUGGGAGCCGUAUGCUAUGCAGUUGGCCAAUGCCGCCUCGUUCGCUACCACUUUUGACGAGUUCUACGCCGAGUUGGUCAAAUUGGUCGAGCACGAGAAGAUCGAUUUGGAUACUAGUGCCGUCGCGCCGCACGUCGUGGUCGGCAGGGACUCCAGGGAAAGCAGUCCCUUUUUGCUGCGUUGCUUGACGUCCACCAUGGCCAGCGUCUUCCACGCGCAGGUCGUGGACCUGGGCUGUGUCACCACGCCCCAGUUGCACUAUGUUACCAACUUGUCCAACAGACGCCAGCGCGAGGACGGCCAUGCGACAGUGGCCACGGAACAAGACUACUAUUCGUUCUUCGUCGAAGCCUUCAACGAGCUCUUCACCACGUACCAAAUCGAGAAAAGGCUCUCUGUCCCCAAACUGUUUGUUGACACGGCCAAUGGUAUUGGUGGCCCACAAUUGAAGAAACUGCUGGCCUCCAAAGACUGGGCUGUGCCAUCGGACGAAAUCGAAAUUGUCAAUGACAAAUCCGAUGUUCCAAAAUUGCUGAAUUUCGAGUGCGGUGCAGAUUAUGUAAAGACCAACCAGAGAUUGCCCAAGGGUCUUUCUCCAUCAUCCCCUGACUCGCUGUAUUGCUCCUUCGACGGUGACGCUGACAGGGUCGUGUUUUAUUAUGUCGACCCUGAAUCAAAGUUCCAUCUGUUGGACGGUGACAAGAUAUCCACGUUGUUUGCGAAAUUCUUGUCCCAACAACUGGAACUGGCCAAUUUGACAGAUUCUCUGAAGAUUGGCGUGGUGCAAACCGCAUACGCGAACGGGAGCUCCACCACCUACAUCGAAGACGCGCUACAUUGUCCCGUGUCGUGUACCAAGACAGGCGUCAAGCAUCUGCAUCACGAGGCUGCAACUCAGUAUGAUAUCGGUAUUUAUUUCGAGGCUAAUGGACAUGGUACGAUCAUUUUCAGCGAGAAGUUUCAUCAAACCAUCGAGUCCCAGUUGUCCAAGUCACAAGGUAAUUUGUUGGCUUUAAACACUUUAAACUGUUUUGCUAAACUGAUUAACCAGACCGUGGGUGAUGCUAUAUCGGACAUGUUGGCGGUCCUUGCCACCUUGUCCAUUUUACAAAUGGCACCAACGGACUGGGAUAGAGAGUAUACGGAUUUACCCAACAAGUUGGUCAAGUGCAUUGUUCCUGAUAGAUCGAUUUUCCAAACGACUGAUCAAGAAAGAAAGCUGCAAAACCCUGCUGGGUUGCAAACUAAGAUAGACUCCGUCAUAGCUAAGUACCCAAUGGGUAGAAGUUUUGUCAGAGCCAGUGGUACUGAAGAUGCGGUGAGAGUUUACGCAGAAUGUGAGGAUCCAACCAAGUUAGACCAAUUCUGCAAUGAAAUCGUAGAAUACGUUAAAUCGUCUGUCUAA